UUCCUCUGCUCUGUCAUCUCGCUCCCCUGGGGCUCUGGGCCGCAGUAUAAAAGGGAGUCCAACUCCCAGCUCCUCUAUCGUCUCCUCAGCCUUCCUCUGCUCUGUCAUCUCGGGCCGCCUCCCUCCGCCAGACAUGUCGUGCUACAGCCCGUGCGCGCCGGCUGCCUGCAGCCCAGCCCCGCUUGCCAACAGCUGCAACGAGCCGUGCGUCCUGCGCUGUGCCGACUCCAGCGUUACCAUCCAGCCCUCGCCAGUGCUGGUGACGCUGCCGGGCCCGAUCCUCAGCUCCUUCCCUCAGAGCACCAACGUGGGGUCCAGCGCCUCGGCUGCCGUGGGCAGCUCUCUCAACGCUGCCAGCGUGCCCAUCGCUUCCGGAGGCUCCCUGGGGCACGGGGGCUUUGGCUGGGCCGGGCUGGGCCGGGGCUUCUGCGGGCCUCUGGGACGGGGCAAUCUCUGGUACUGA